AUGGAGCUUUUAAAUGGAGCUAUGCAUUGGGUAGCAGAAAAGGUUAUAGUUACCGAUGAUCGACAAGCAGUAACUGGGGUUAUAGUUUCUUUUGACAUAGUUGAAGAGAAAACCAAACAAAUGCAAACACCAAUUGCAAGUUUCAUAUUGGGUGAAGAAUACAAACUUAGAGAUGUAGGACUGGCUGUGCUUAGAAAGGACCUUUACCUCGCAGUCCGUGUUUCAGACAUAUUAGAGUUAUGGGUCAUGAAGGAUUAUGGCGUGGUAGAUUCAUGGACUAAGCUUUUGAGUAUUCCAAAUAAUUGGGGGUGGGGGACGCUGCUGUCAUUCAACGGCGAGAUCCUCCUAUUCACGUGUUACUCAAAAGAUAACCAAGUUACGGAUGCAUACGACUUGAGAAAUGCUUUAGUCUCAUAUGACUUGAGAAAUGGAAGAUCUACAUAUUUGAAUAUCAAUGAUAUGCCGGGAACCUUUACUGCAGAAACCUUUAUCGAGAGUCUCGUUUCCCUUAAUCCGGCCAGAUGA